UUCCCGCAUCAUCGCAUCGCUCGUGUGUGCUUUCCUCGAUAGUAGAGUUUUUUUUAUUGCUAAAUGGAUCACUGUUUGUUUAAAAAAAUAAAAAUAAAUUAAAUAAAUCUGUAUUAAAUUUGAUUACGCGCUGCGACAACGACAACAACCGCGUUGCGAGACCAAAAGGGGCCCGUUUCACACACUCUCGAAGAAAAAAAGUCGACGGAUUUGACCAAAUUUCGUGAAUUAACCUUGUUUACUAUUUGUUUUCAUUGAAAAAGACACGAAAAAAGUGACAAAUUAGCGCUGCGAAAGGCAAAAAGCACGGAAUGAACAGAAAUCCGAUACUGCUUUGCUGUGUGCGGAGAAUGGAAUGUGCCUUGUGAACUUGCUGUGCAGUGCAGAAAGAGACACGAAGCAAAAAGAAACAUUAACAGUGCCGUUUGCAAUGUGCAUAACGUGAAAUAAUGAGGAAAAAGGCGAAAGUCAGGAGGAAUAACAAGUUCAGGAAACUUUUACGACAGAUGUAUUCCCGAAAUAUAAUUGUUAUGGUUGUAGCUGUGGCAACAUUGGUCUCAAUAGUUCAAUUUCAACAGAUUUUCGCGCUGCCACAACACAGCGUCGCCCGACGCAGUACUUUUCUCGACAUCGAGUGCAAAGGAACCUUCAACAAAUCCAUCUUUUAUCGUCUGGAUCGCGUGUGCGACGAUUGCUAUUCACUCUUCCGCGAACCUCAACUUCAUACUUUGUGCAAGAACAAAUGCUUUACGACGAUUUACUUCAAAGGAUGCGUCGAGUCUUUGCACUUGACAGAUGAACUGGAGGACAUAAAACAGUACAUAAAGCUGCUAAAUGGCGCAGAUCCGAACUCAAUAGUGGAGUAAAAGCACUUUCUUGUUGACUGUUGUUGUUAGUUGAAUGAUGAUGAUGAUGAUGAAAAAAUCCCGCCCCAUAUAAAAAGCACUUUUUGUUCAUUUUCUGUUUAAUUUUAUGUUAAAACUGCAGAAAAUUUGUUUAAUUUAAUUUAGUUUGACAGAAAUGUUUUGAUAACGAGUAUUUCAACGGAUGCGUCGAGGCACUUUUACUAUUAGACGAAGUUCAUAAGUUCGAUGAAUGGCGCGAUAUUCUUGGUCGACGAAAAUGAGAGAUGACUACGUUACGCAAAAAUCCCGCAAAAAGGUUCUUCAGUUGUUAAUUUUACUUUUCUCGCUUAGAUGACAGUUUUUCUUGGUUUGAUCACCGAAAGGAACUCACGCAAAAAUGUACUACUUAAGCCCUUAUGGAAUAAAUGUAAAUAUAUAACUAAACACUAAAAAAAAAUGGAAAAAAAUUUAAGGAAUAAGAUUGAAGAAAAAUUUGUGAUUUUGUAGCUUUAAUUAGAGGAGUCAUAUAUUGCUAAUAAAUUUUAUUAUAAUUUUUAAUAAAUAAUAUCUACAAAGAAUUGUCGCCAAAUUUGUGUUAAAAAUAAAAAAUUGUCAAAAAAAUUACUUUUGAGUCUCGAACUUUCGUUGGCUGGAAAUUUUCGAAAUGAGAGACUCAAAAAUAAUUUUUU